UCUGAUUGAUACAAUAUUGUUACAAAAAAUAUUGGAUUCUAAAUUUUUGAAUUAAUCGGAUUGGUAACGUUGCUAAGGGUGUUUGUAAAUAUCAUGGUUGGCUGCUUUGAUUGUCGCGUCCUGUCAUAAAUAAAAUUGAUGAAAUGUCGAACUACGUGCUAUCACAAGCGGCGAAAGCCCGUGAAUGUUUGGUUCCCGUGAAAUCUAAAGCUGCUUACAGUAAAGUGUAUGAAGACUUUCAAGAAUGGAGAAGAGAAAAUUCGGUGAAUGGUGUCGACGAAAAUAUUUUGCUUGCAUUUUUUGAAGAUUUGUCGCACAAAUAUUCACCAAAUACGUUGUGGCCAAAAUUAUCGAUGCUAAGGUCAAUGUUACAUUUAAGGGAAAAAACUGAUGUUAAACUGUUCGAUGAAGUAGAAGCAUUUGUGAAGAAUAAAAAUAAAGGAUACAUUCCUAAAAAAUCAGAGGUGUUGUCUCGACAACAGCUCAAAAAAUUCAUGCGAGAAGCUCCUAAUGACAUUUUUUUGAUGUAUAAGGUCGUUUUAAUUAUGGAAAUCUUUGGCGCCUGCAGAACGAACGAAUUGGUGAAUAUAAAUCAAUUAAAAAAUAAAAAAAAUUUGUAG